UUGGAGUAGGAAAAAAAAAAAAGAAGAAGAAGAAGAAGAAAAAAGAGAAAAGAGGCUUCACUCGAUCAAGUCAACAUGAGUCGCCUUGCACUCCGUUUUCCUCCUUCACUCGCGGGAAGCGUACACCUGACGCAUCACUCUCUCCCCCGGUGGAAGUGAUCUUCGCGUUUACACGUCGACCCCGCGGGGUCACUUCCCCGUCUCCCGGGGCGGCGAGACCCACGAGGCUUCAACUCCCGUCGUCUCUCGGGCACAAAAACCGAAAGUGUCGGCGGCAGGACAAGCUGGGGCGAUGAGACCGCUGGGUGCCGGAGUAAUGCGUGUCAGCUGUGGACCGAUGAGCUCGAUCCCUCCUUCUCGCUGCUGAUCGAUACGCCCACGAGGGCGACUUUCGGAGCGGUCGCCUCUCGGCUCGUGCACGCUCGUGCAGGUGGGCACGGCCGUGGGGGUUCGUCUCGACGGCGAGUAGAGCCGCGGCCGGGACUCCCAGCUCGAGGUCGCAGGAAGACAUCGCACGGGCAGCCACUGUGGGAGGAAAGUUUGAGGGGCUCGACUCCGCGGCGCAGAGUGUAUGGACCUAUCUGAUGAUCCAUGAUGGUGCUCACUGAAGGCCGUCUCUGAGCUGAAACACAUUGUCGUAAGACCCUGUGGAUGAAUAGGAGGUGUUGUAUCUGCUCCCGGACGCUGAGACCAUGGUGAAAACUCAGCGGAGCCAGCCAGUGAAAUGUGGGAAGCCCUGGAAGGACAAGAGAAGCAAGGAAAAGGGAGGUAGUUUGAAAAAGGUGAAAGAGAGAAAGAAUGAGCUGAAAGGAAAGAAAAAGAAUGAUAAAAAAGAGUCAUACCGACGUAGGAAGAAGACAGUGGUGGGAGAUGGAGACGCACUGGACUGUUGCGUCCUGCUAACCCGUUUGGAGGAGAAAGGAGGUGUGGGUAAAGAAAAGGAUGCAAAAAAAGCUGGGAAACAAAGGAGCGUUAAAAUCAAAAAGAAGCUUCUCCUCAGCUCCAGUCACAGACGGACCAAAUCUGGACUAAAGAAAACUUCCACAGCCAAUCAACAAGCACUGGAACCAAAAAUCAACCAAUCUGACGCCUUACUCAUGCUGCCCACACCUGUCCAUGAACCCCGCAGGCGGAGAAUGGCCUCUCUUAACGCUGAGGCUGUCAACAGCUUGCUGCUCUACAGAGACGAUUCUUUCACAUCAAAUCUCAUGAAGAAACGGCAGUCUUCUAAUGAAGAUCCAGCUAAAGAUAGUCUCAAUAAAACUGAACAGAGAGGUCAUAAAACUAAAAAGGUUUCUUCAGAAGGGAAAGCAGCACUAAAAGAAAAUCCUAAAAAACAGAAGCGGUCAUCGGCGGAAGCUCUUAACAUCGACUGGCUGAGUUUGUUUGCACCAACCCCUCGGCGCCAGGCAGGCCUCACUGCUGCAACACUGCUCAAACUCACCAGUGCCCCGUAUGGAACCAAACGGCAAAAGAAGUCGGAGCCCAAACCAGGGAGUGGAAGUGAAGCAUCAGCUACGAGUCAGGAUGAGAUUAGCUGUAAACCCUCGUGUGGAGGAACAAUGCAGACCAAAAGAACAACACAUCCCAAACAUGAGGAGCAACUCAAGCACAGACAACAGGGUACAGAGGAUCCAGUCCAUUCCCAGCUGGGCCCUAACAUCCAGGGAUGCUGUAGUUCAUGUAAGACAGAGGCUUUGGAUCCUGAUUGGAAAGGCGCCAAAGGGGGGCCGGAGUGUCUGAAGCAUGCUCUCCAUUGUGGCUCCGCAAUGGGAUUCUCUGUAAAAACGAUCAAAGAGGAGCAGGUGGAAACCGAGGUGUCUUCCUGCUACUGCUGCUCCCAGGAGAGGUGUGUCGAGUACUGUCACAGACUGGCCCUCUUCCUGGAGGACAAGACCUUCAAGGAACCAGAGGAUGGCUCGCUGUCCGACGUGUUCCACCACCACCAUCACCACCAUCAUCAUCAUCAUCACCAUCUUCAGUCUCCUCAUUCUGUAGCCCACCCAGCAGCCAUAACUAUCAGCCCACACACGUACACCUGUUUCCCUGGCUACUACGUCCACUUCAGCCACCCGGACAGUUCCUCCUCUUCUGUAUCACCCCUUGCUUUAUGCCCAAGGAGCAGCAAGAGACCCAAACUACUCCCCAGCACAGGUCCGCAGCCCUCAGGAAUUAGCCAUCCAGUGUACUGCUGCACCUCAGUGGAGGCACGCUACGGAGAGCCCUGCAGGAUCAACGGCUACUCCGCUUAUACCAAUGUGAUUCCAACCAUUGCCAGAGGAGGGUGCUCCUUCAGCCCCACAGACUGCACCAACUGUAACCAUGGCAUCAAAAGAGACGACUACCCAUCAACCCUCAAUGACCAUCACAGCCCCUCCUCCAUCCCCAUCUCUCCCACCCCCAGAAUCCUCACUGGCUGCCCCAUUCCCACUGUGCCUCCAGCCGGCCAAUCAGUGCCCCACGUUCAGACUCCGCUGUCUGACCCCAGCCAACCACAGGCUCCGCUGCAGGUGGCGAAGGAGUGUCCGCAGAGUGCCAAGCCGCCCAGCGGGUCAAGGUCUGGCGCACGUGGCACCGGCAGCAUCAGCUCGGCUGUCUGCCCUCUCAACAGGGACAAGAAACAGAAGCUCAGCUCACCCGGUGUCAGAGAGCGAUCAGUUGCCAAGCAGCUGAAGAACAGCCGCCAAAAAACCACCAACGGCUGGCGGCCAGUUGGCCUUCCCUUUCAGAAGGAGGUUUUCUCUGUGGGAGAGGAGGCUCUGGUGCUGAGGAAAUGUUUCGAGGGAGUCCAGAGGGACGGGGAGUUGAUUCGGGUCAGAGACACUGUUCUGCUCAAAUCUGGACCUAGGAAGAAGUCUCUGCCUUAUGUGGCCAAGAUCUCAGCUCUGUGGGAAGAGCCAGAGUCAGGGGAGCUGAUGAUGAGUUUGUUUUGGUACUACCGUCCAGAACACACACAGGGGGGACGCAACCCCAGUAUGCAUUGUGAGAAUGAGAUCUUUGCGUCUCGUCACCAGGAUGUGAACAGUGUGGCCUGUAUUGAAGACAAAUGCUAUGUCCUAACAUUGGCACAGUAUUGUCGAUUUUGUGCCUUGGUAAAACGCCAUAGGGAGGGUGUACAUGACAGUGCCGCCUCCCUCGUGGUGCCACCCAUCGUUGGCAACGCCAUGCCCAACCACCACAGUGUGCCCAAUGACAUCGACCCAGAGCUGGUGUUUUUCAGUCGACACGUCUAUGACUUCCGCUAUGGACGCCUCCUCAAGAACCUGCAGUAGCACCUGACGAGCAUGACAUUAUCCUAUGGGACGUGAGAUAAUGUUACUCUGAUUUCAUCCUCCACAACUUUAAUUAGCUACAAACCUACCUGCUGCCUCUGUGAGAGAGGAACUGGAAGUCUAGGAUGAAGGAGACAAGAGCUUAUUUUGAUUUGAAAUCUCUUGUUCAUACUUAACAUGCCACACAUUAAUUAGUAAGAGUAAUGGUCUGACAUAUUGUAUAAGAGUUAUUAAGGCGAUGUGAAUGGUCUUUAUCAUACAUGCCUCUCUGAUGUUGUAGCAGCUGUGUGAAGAACCUGGAACGUACUCUGCUGUAGAAAAUGCUACUGUAGCUCUUAGAAAUGUGACAUUUGAUAGAUAUGAAGAUACGUUGAUGUUACAUGUGAAUAAUGUUACUAUCUGCCUGCAGAUAUCAGACACACAAAGUCUCAAUGAUACACCAUGGGUAAAGAAAAUCAGAGGCAUAUUGUGGAGUAAAAAGAGAUUUCUGGGUGGCUGAAGACUUUCAUCACAUUCAUAUUUAGAUUUCUCUGUAACUUGCUGUUGAUUGUUGUCCAUCUGAACGUAGUUUUACAGAAAAGCUCUAGAGCGAACAUCUGUGUUCAAGUUGUUUUUAAGAAAUAUUUCAACAUUUUGGUAAAUGGGCUUAUUUACUUUCUUGCAAAAAGUUAGAUGAGAGGAUUGAUACCUUUCUCUCGGCUGUACAGUAAAUAUACAGCUAGAGGUAUAAUAGCUCAGCAUAAAAACUGGAAACAGGGAGAAACAGCUAGCGUGGCUUUGAAAAGAGUCAGGCUAGCUGUUUCCCCCUAUUUCCAUUCUCUAUGCUGAACUGAGCUAAGAGGCUGUUGGCUGAAGCUACAUAUUUACCAUACAGAUGUAAAUCUCAGCGAGAAAGCAAACAAGCAUAUUUCCAAUAUCUUAAAAUAUUCUAUUAUUUAACAUUUCCAUUUUCACGUAAGUGUAAAUGAAUCGUAGGUCUAUGUAGUGAACACAGCUUUGAAGAAAGGUCUUGACCAGAAAAUUUAAUUUAAAUGUACUCCGUUUUAUCAUCACUGAUCAAAUUCGUGCACAGCUAAGAAUGAAAUGUGGAAGUUUUGCGGCUACAUCUCUUGUGAGCUUCUAAGAUAUGUCAUAUCUGUAACUGUGAAAUUCACCUCAUUGGUGGUUUUCACACUGUAGGACAGACGUGCACUCUGCAAAGAAAGCACAGUUGAGUUUGCUUGGUUUCGCAUUUGUGAAGAUGUCCGACGAGCUGAGCAUUGAGGGGAUUUUUGUUAUGCCAAUGCUGAGGAAUAUUUUACUUUCUCAAGGCUGUUUGCCAGAAGUGUGAUUUGACUCUGGUGUCAGCUAACUGUAUAUUUGCAUUUAUAUGUCUGGAUGAGUGUUUGUUCUUGGCAGAUGGCAUCAGUUAGUCACCUAUAUUCUUGUUUCUUCACCGCUGAGAUGGUGAGUAAUGUAUUCAGUGUAGCAUUUAGAUCUGUGAUGAUUCAUUCCUAUGUUUGAGAGAAGAUAUGUAUUUAUUUCUGUACUGAGAAAAUAUAAUUUAUUUUCAAAAGAUAAUUUUAAAGAAUAGAGUUUUAGAUGAGUGGCUUUCAUUCCUGAUUAGAGAGAAGGUCAAAGUUGUCUCUCUUUCUUAGCUGCACUGUCUAAGAUGAAAAGGGCGUGAGUCUUUUGCAAUAGUAUUUCUGUGACCGACUGAGCUUGCUUGCCCACUACAAGCCUAAUCAAAGUUGUGCUGAGAAGUUGAAGUCCUCCAAGCAGAUUUGAGGACACAUCUGGAGCAUUUGGAAGGAUAUCAGAUACAGUUUGAAGGCCACCUGAUAACAUGUGACCAGAGAUGCUUAACCUUCAGGACCAACACGUACCUUGGCCUCUCCCAACUUCCUGUCAUUCUCCUUUCACGUCUCCUCGGACGUUUAAGCUUUGCAUCUUCACCUUUAAAUGCUGAAUUCUACAAUGGUUUAAACUUACCGUGCCAUUAGCCUGUGCCCUUGAUCUUGCUGCCUUAUAGAACAUUCCCAGCCUCUCCUUUAGAAAUGUGUACCAAUCUCAGCCUGGGGUUAGGAAAGGUUGUUAGUGUGCUGAUCUUGAUUCCUAGAUGCUUGAAAUGCAUCUCAGGUCCAUCUCAUUUAUCUGAAGUGUAAAACUGACCCUUGAUCAACACUUUUACUUUGACAAAUGUCUGCAAAUCACUGAUUCAAACCGAAAGUGAUCUUUAGAAUCGAACACCUGAAGACUAGAUGGCUAAGAAUAGUUUGACAUUUUGAAAAAUACACUUAUUCACAUUCUUGCAGAGCGUUACACAAGAGGUUUGAUACACCUCACAAAUGUGUGUGCUAAACAUGUAGAUGAAGCCAGCAGCCAGUUAGCUUAGCUCAGCAUAAAGAAUGGAUGCAGGGGGAAACAGGUAGCCUAGCUCUAUCAGAAAAGGCAACUAAAGCCACCUACUAGCACCUCUAAAUAUCACAAAUUAACAUGUUAUACCUCGUUUAAUCUGUAAGAAUUUAAAAUUACACAAUAACAAUAAAUUGUUUGCUUUUAGUGGUGUCCCUUUGCCUCCAGUCUUUAUGCUAAACUAAACUAAGUAGUGGAUAGUGGCUGUAGCUUCGUAUUUGACAUACAGAUACGAGAAUGGUCUUGAUCUUUUCAUCCAAAUCUCUACAAGAACGCAUUUUUCCCAAAAUGUCAAAGAUUUCCUUUAAAUUUUUAAUUUUAUCCUUCUCAAACAACAGAAGCUAUGGUUAGCUUGAUUUGUAAUGGUUGCUAUGAAUUCUAUUUGGUUUUUGCACAAGAAGUGCCAAAAAGUCCAUAGAAACUUCCUAAACCACUUCUUCAGCAUAAUCCACCUCUUAACUGUCCAUCUACAUGCUCAUUAUGUUCCAAACAAUCACAUUUUUGCCAAAAAACUGCUAAAGAAAUUUUUUUGGCAGAGCUUUGUGGAUGGUGAUAGCACAACACAGAGGUGGUGGUGAAGAAAUGGAUUAUGCAGGAGUAUUUGCGACGUUACAAGUCUUUUACUCUUCUUUGACACUUGUCACCAUUUGAAUACUUGGUAUCCAACAUGUUGCCGGCAAGCGCUGUUCUACAUGAAGGAGGAAAAUACAAGCUAGUAACAGCCACCUUACAAGCAUAGGGGGUGAGUCUUUGAUCAAAAAACUUUGGGUGGAAUAUCAUUUGAAACUACCCACUUCCUGUCUUACUUCUGCUUUACUCCCUGUACAAAGGGUGCAGUAAUGUGUGUGUGGGUGUGUUAAUUUACAAAAAUAGAAUUCGCUAUAAUUAAUGAAUGGAUUUAAUAGUCUAUUUGACUUUCAAACAAGUUUCCUUGGAUGAAUAUAUUCAUAUUGGUUAAUUCAGUUCAGUAGGCUAAAAACAAGAGAAUGGGCCCCGCCGAUUCUAUCUAUCUUUUCUCAGUAAACCAAAUGUAAUCAGUCUGUAUCCAAACAGUAGAAAGACCUCUCCACUGAUUAAAACAUUUUAUUGAUUACCAAUGCAUGAUGGACGUAGUAAAGCCCACACAGCACAAUACUACAAAGCAGAAUUGGGUAAACUACAUUUGGUUUGAUUUCAAUUUCAAAUCCCACUGGGUGUUCUGGAUCAGUGUUAGAAACAGCGUACAUAUUAUGGCCUUAGGAAUCAUUCAGCAAACUAAUUAUAUUUAAUCAAGAUGUGUGAUACUUAUGUCUUAGGUGGUCCUCUGUGCCUAUUCCCAUUAACCCGUAUAUAUUCCAAGCAUUUACCAUGAAGAGGAUGAGCAGUUGCUGUUGUUUUUACUUACCUUCCAAAUGCCUUUCAUUUUUGUCAGAUGAUGCUGGUCUGAUCUUGAAUCCCCACAAAGAAAUGUUUGCACCAAAAAGAGAGAGAGAGCGCAAGAGAGAGAGAGAGAGAGAGAGAGAGAGAGAUUAAGGUAUUGAAAAAUGAAUUUAACUUCAUUCCCAGGUGUACAAAAACCUAAACUUUUGUUCUUCUGAUGUGAAUUUAUGUUCAUAUUCUUUGCAUGGCGUUUUGGAGAUAUUCAUCACAGCACAGAUCAUUUGUAUGAUUUGAAAUGGACCUCUGUAAUAUAAGAAAAAUAUUUAAUUGUAAUAAAUAAUAUAUGA